AGCAAAUUUUUCCUCUCUCGUGGCAGUAGGUGGCAGAAGGUAUCAAGAUGCAAACACAUUUUCCACCCAGUCAAGCAGUAAAAGCCGGUUGAUUCGAAUGGUGUCCGCGCGUGUGUGACGCUAUAGAUUUUACGAUUGGAGCGGUUAUAUUCCAUACGCAACAGUAGCAUCAUAAUAAUUCUGUGGUUUUGUAGUAGUUUUGUUGUAAUCGUGAAACGAGUGUGUGAAUCCGCAUAUAAUUUUGAUAUAAAUAGUUAGGAGAAUAAAAUCCAUCGGAAGAGAUAUUGCAGCACUAUCCCCACACACAACAAAUCCUGCAGUUGGUUUGUUGGAGGAUGAUCCACGCGAACGGCGACACGUUUUACGAUCUGGACCGGAUCUACUCGACGAUCGAGCGGAUGUUGGUGCUGAUUCGACAGCUGUCCGGUGUCAGUCGGCUGGGUGAAAGUGGUCGGUCGAUGUCCGUGGAGCUGCAGUUGCUGAAUGCGAUCGAUGAUCGGAGUUAUCAACUGAGGGAGCUGCAGGAUGCCGUGGAGUAUCUGUUUAGUCAGUUCAGGAAGAUCUACCUGGUGAAUAAGGAUCUGUAUGUGCAGUUGAACAAGCGUGGUGGGAGGGUAUUUGAGUUGCAGAAGCAAUUUCGUGAGCAAGAGGAUGGGAGUAAGUGUUUGUAUUAUAUGGCUGAUGUGAUAAAGUACGAGCCAGCACUGUUGGCUAUGCAGCGAGUGUUGGACCGAACCAUGCGGGAGAUACGGAUAUUCAGGAAACAAAGGAACAAACACAAACUGGAAUUGUGCGUCAGUCAUAUAAGAAAUGAGAACUAUGAUAAGGCGUUUGAUGAGUUCUUUUCGUUUGAAGAUAACAUUGAACAGUUGCCGAAGAUUGUGGAGGAGGUGUUUAAAGGAUCUACGGCGAAUCUGAUAAAGUUGCUGUUAUUCUUGAAGGGAUACUUUUGGCUGCAUAAACCAAAUUCGGAGGAGACUUUUGUGGCUGGUUGCGAGCACAUAGUGCAGUAUCUGAAAGGUUCAGUCAUGUUUUGCCGAGUGGAAACCUUGAUGAUCUACAGCACGAUAUCCGAAGUCCUUAAAGAUGCAAACCAUUUGGAAGACUUCUUCCAAGAUCGUUUGGAUCUACUACUGAUAGAGCUGUCCGGCAAUAAAGAGCUAGCUGUUCAACUAAUUCUCACUGAUCCUGAUGAAGCAGCCAACUUUGCAAAGCUUUUCAACUACAUGUCCGACGAACUUCUUUCCGAAUUAAUUCGAGAAACAUACCAAGGAUCCAGUGAACAUCUCAACCACACCCUGAAGUUCAUUUCCCAUCUUCCUUGCAUAAACCAGCAAAUCUUUAGCUUCCAGGAAGUUCACAGUCAAAUGCGUCGACUAGGGCAGUCCAGUUCCUCUUCCAUCUUCGUCUUUGCCCAUCACAUCAAACGAACCAUGCAGAAUCCAAAGUAUCCGCAAGCUACCCGAUCGUCCGACCUGGACGACCUCAAAGCCAUCCUACACCCAAACGUGGCCAGCAUCAUCUGGAAGCAAGUCAGCAUUUCCCGGUACGAGUCCCGCAUCCUGAUGAAGUGCGGUGCGGUGGGAAAAGAAGUCGGGUUUUCUCGUUACACGGCGGACAAGAACCGGUUCGAGUGCGAGCCCGUCGACGAAGGGGAAGCGUUCCGUAUUCGGGCCGUGGCAAUCCAUGGCUACCUGGUGGAACAGGAUCGGCGUCCAGUGCUCGCAUCGACCAAAUGUGACCCUACGUCUGCUGCCAGCCAUUGGAGGCUGAUUCCGCACGAUGAUUGCGGUUACUUUCGAAUCCAGAACGUGGCCAGUGGGAGGUAUUUGUAUUCCAAGUUCUCGGAGAGUUCUGAGUAUGAUUUCUACAACAGUCCGGAAGUGCUACGGCUGACCGAUGAUGAGUCAGUGUUGAACGAGGGCAACUCGUUUUGGAAGGUAGGGGAGUUUAUUCGGGGCACACGUGGUGACACGGAUUGUGUCAUUUUGUAGAUUUUUUCAUCAUAGAUACAAGUAAAAAUGUAAGUACAAAUUUGUGAUAU